AUAUGCCGCAGGCGCUAAGCAAUGGUCAGUAGAUCAGCGGUCGUCAACGGGGAAGCAUCACAGCUCCGGCCGGGGAACUCGUGCCAUUUGUUUAGUACUCAAUUGUUUUGUCUAAAGUGUUGCCGCAUUGUCGCUAGGCUCGGGAAUGACGGCAGUUUAUAAACAAACUAGUUACAACGGAUUACCGGCGAGAAAUCUCAACGUUGCUGUCAUCGGGGGUGGACUGGUUGGCUCCCUGUUGGCACUGCACUUGGGCAAGAAGGGCCAUGAGGUGGAUUUGUACGAAUACAGAGAAGACAUUCGCACGGCCGAGCUGGUCAUUGGUCGGAGCAUCAACCUGGCACUGUCCGCCCGUGGACGUAAAGCCUUGGCCGAAGUGGGUCUCGAGGAAACACUACUCAAGCAUGGCAUUCCGAUGAAAGGCCGCAUGUUACACGAUCUGAAGGGAAACCGUACGGUCGUUCCGUAUGAUGCUAAUACCAACCAGUGCAUAUAUUCGGUCGGCCGAAAACAUCUGAACGAGGUGCUUCUCGAUGCUGCGGAAAAAUAUCCCAAUGUCCAUCUAAAUUUCAACAAAAAACUGGUGAAGGCUAAUCUGGAUGAAGGAGAACUUAAUUUCAUUAAUCCUCUCACGGAUGAAAGCAGCCAAGCAAAAGCCGACCUGAUUGUAGGCUGUGACGGAGCAUACAGCGCUGUGCGGAAAGAAAUCAUCAAACGGCCGGGGUACGACUUUAGCCAGACUUAUAUCGAACAUGGCUACCUGGAGCUUUGCAUACCUCCCACUAGAAAGGGUGAUUUUGCCAUGCCUCACAAUUACCUGCACAUAUGGCCUCGGGGAAAAUUUAUGAUGAUUGCCUUACCGAACCAGGACCGGACGUGGACCGUCACGUUGUUCAUGCCAUUCGAAAACUUUUCCAGUAUUAAAUGUGACCAGGAGCUGAUGAACUUCUUCCGGCGGUACUUCCCGGAUGCGAUUGAUCUGAUCGGACGGGAACGGUUGAUCAAGGAUUUCUUCAAAACCAGACCGCAGAGCUUGGUGAUGAUCAAAUGCAAACCAUACAACGUGGGAGGAAAAGCACUGAUAAUUGGCGAUGCUGCUCACGCGAUGGUUCCCUUCUACGGCCAGGGUAUGAAUGCGGGCUUCGAGGACUGUACGGUGCUGACGGAUUUACUUAACCGACAUGGUUCGGAUGUGGACCGAGUGCUGGCAGAAUUCAGCGAGACGCGUUGGCAGGACGCUCACUCAAUUUGUGAUUUGGCCAUGUAUAAUUACGUUGAGAUGCGUGACCUAGUAACCAAACGUUCGUACUUGUUUCGUAAAAAACUGGACGAGAUGCUGUUUUGGCUGAUGCCAAAUACGUGGGUUCCGCUGUAUAAUUCGGUCUCUUUUACACACAUGCGCUACAGCAAAUGCAUAGCCAACCGGAAGUGGCAGGAUGCGAUACUAACACGAGUGUUGUACGGCUCAUCUUUAACAUUCGUAGCUGUCAUCGCUGCGGUAGGCUACAAAUAUGGUAGCAAGGACCAGCUGGACCAGCUUUCCGCUAUGUUGCUCAAUAUACUUAAAUACAAAUAAUUCUAU